GGUCCUAUUCCGCAAUGUGAGUUACCAAAAUUGAGGAUAAUGUGUGGGGACGUAAUGAAAUGAAGGUAGGCUUCAAUCCUGGCCUGCAAGGAGUUGUCUCUUUUUGUUGACCCUACCUUGUUGCCGUUGCAACGCGUUGAAACGGAGGGGAAGCGUUACAACGCCUCGAAGCGUUGGAACGAUCGAGUUCAGUGUUGAGAGCGUUAGAACGGCACGUGCCGUUGAGAGGCGUUACAACGCCUUCUAACGGGUCACAACGCGUCCGCAGUGUUUUCCGACAUCUAGAUCUGGUCCAUCUGCCCCUCGUGUUUAGUCUUCCCAGUGAAGACACUCUCGAAUGCGAGAAUCCAAGCACUCGGGCUACAAUGAUGACGAGCACAAGAGGGAGCCUCCCCCAAGAAAAAGGAAACCUUGGCCCCUUCUCAAACUUCCUAAGCGAAUGAAUGCGGAGAGUAGGAAAUAUGGUUUCGGAGUCAUCGAUCCGGGAUCGGAUUAUGAUAGUGACGAUGAUGAGUUCAACUGCCAUACGGCCCUUAUCGACGUUGACUCCGACAACGAGGAGAAAACUAGGUUACUCUCUAACAGAGAUGCGUUCAGGAAACUUCUCGAAAAGGGAUUUAACAAGGACUGGCCACCGGGUCGGGGCCAACUCAUCCAGGAGGCUGUAAAGAAGGGGAAGAUUUCUAUAGAUGAUGGGCCGAAGCUUCUCGUUUUCAAAGACAUCAGUGAGGCUUAUUUCCUAGCCAGACGUGACUGCGUUACGUGUUGGAACGUCGGGACGCUCCGUUGUCCCGACUGCACUGUUAAUCCUCCUCCAGUUGUCUAUGUUGUCCGCUACAAUACACGAAAACCGAAGUUCAUUGAAGACAGAAAAGGAAAAUCGACGGCAUGGUUCGCUGAUCCCAAUAUGCCGUGCAUAUUCAGUAUAGCCUUCAUGCAACGCAGGACGAAUUCUCCGAGAUCAAUAUUACCGGGACCUUCUCAACCCGUGCGUGCAGGACGGUUCGCUCACAGGAGUAUUCGGGACCAAAAUCCUUCAUUUUUCUGACGGGGAAACGUUUUAUGUGAUAAAUUCGCAAUGUAAGACUUGCGAUGGGAAAGGCUUUCCCGGCUGUGGAGUAUGUGGGAAGGACACUGCUGAACCUAUCUUUGCCGAGUUCGAUAAGAAUGGGAAGGUUUGGUUUGCGGAUGCGAACGGAAAUAGGGUAAGAGGAUUGGAUGACCCAGACCCGAAAGCGGGAAGUGACGACUCGAACGGUGAUCAUGAUUCGAGUAUUGAUGGCG